UUCUGUGGGUGUGGCUGGUGGUCACUUCAAAACAGUUGGGUUUGCAAAAUAACCCGGGGAGAAGUUACAGAGCUUAAGAAAUCCCCCAAGUUCCCAUGAUCCUUGCUUCCCUUUCCAGUCGCCCUUGAUGCCCUGUACUUCACUGUGGUACUGGACAGAAGAGCUGUGUUUUCCAGGAAGACUCGGCCAGGCCGUGUUUCGGGUCUCUGGAUUCAGGUCCCAGGAGUCCUGACCAGAGAGCAGGCAUCAGUGUUUUUCUGACCGAAGUUCUCAUUUCCUGACGAUGGAAAUGGAACAAGAAAAAAUGACCAUGAAUAAGGAAUUGAGCUCAGACGCGGCUGCGUACUGCUGCUCGGCCUGCCACGGCGAUGAGACCUGGAGUUACAACCACCCCAUCCGGGGCCGGGCCAAGUCUCGCAGCCUGUCUGCCUCGCCUGCCCUGGGGAGCACCAAGGAGUUCAGGAGGACACGCUCUCUCCAUGGGCCAUGCCCGGUGACCACUUUUGGACCAAAGGCCUGCGUGCUGCAGAACCCCCAGACCAUCAUGCACAUUCAGGACCCUGCAAGCCAGCGGCUGACGUGGAACAAGUCUCCUAAGAGCGUCCUUGUCAUCAAGAAGAUGAGAGACGCCAGCCUACUGCAGCCGUUCAAGGAGCUCUGCACGCACCUCAUGGAGAACAACAUGAUCGUGUAUGUGGAAAAGAAAGUGCUGGAAGACCCUGCCAUCGCCAGCGAUGAAAGCUUUGGGGCAGUGAAGAAGAAAUUCUGUACCUUUCGAGAAGAUUAUGAUGACAUUUCCAAUCAGAUAGACUUCAUCAUCUGCCUGGGGGGAGACGGGACGCUGCUGUACGCUUCCUCGCUUUUCCAGGGCCCUCUGACUCCCGCUGACGCCCUCUGACUCCCGCUGACGCCCUCUGACCCGUGCCCUCUGAUGCCCUGUGACUCCCACCGGACCUCAGGAAACGCAGCUGUUGUUCUCCGGAGCCGGCUGAAGGUCAGGGUGGUGAAGGAGCUCCGGGGGAAGAAGACAGCGGUGCACAACGGGCUGGGUGAAAAUGGCUCACGGGCUGCGGGCCUGGACAUGGAUGUCGGGAAGCAGGCCAUGCAGUACCAGGUCCUGAAUGAGGUGGUGAUUGACAGAGGCCCCUCCUCCUACCUGUCCAACGUGGACGUCUACCUGGACGGACACCUCAUCACCACGGUGCAGGGCGACGGAGUGAUCGUGUCCACCCCGACGGGCAGCACGGCGUAUGCGGCCGCGGCCGGGGCCUCCAUGAUCCACCCCAACGUGCCGGCCAUCAUGAUCACGCCCAUCUGCCCCCACUCGCUGUCCUUCCGGCCCAUCGUGGUCCCCGCAGGGGUCGAGCUGAAGAUCAUGCUGUCACCUGAAGCAAGGAACACAGCAUGGGUGUCCUUCGAUGGACGGAAGAGACAAGAGAUCCGCCACGGAGACAGCAUCAGCAUCACUACCUCAUGCUACCCGCUCCCCUCCAUCUGCGUGCGGGACCCCGUGAGCGACUGGUUUGAGAGCCUCGCGCAGUGCCUGCACUGGAACGUCCGGAAGAAGCAAGCCCACUUCGAGGAGGAGGAGGAGGAGGAGGAGGAGGAGGGGGAGGGCUAGGUCGAGCCCUGUCCAGGCCGGAAUCCUUCCGCUGUCUUCUUUUCUGCCCUCCAAGCUCCCUCUGGGGACAGACCAAUCUGUGUGUGUCUGUGACCGCCUCUGUCUCAAUGGCACGGCCACUUCCUUCCUGUAGCUGGGUCAGAGCCUGGGUCUGCCCUUUUGUCCAGAUCAGCUGUUUUUUUUAACAUUUUAAGUCUGACUUUUUUUGCUCUUCUAAAGAAGCAGUGAGAAAUGGGCUGGGAGUGCUUCUGUCCCACUGACCCCGUGGGGGGUCCCUGGAGCACAGCCUCCAGCUGCCAUAAUUCCAUGCCAGGAUAUUUUUCCACAAAUCAGUCGAUUGAAAUUCAGAGGGGUCGGAAUGACUCGACCUGUCCUUCAAUGUUGAAAAUAAAUGUCUCAGCCAAAAACCUUCCUUGAGCUGCGAUGCUUUUCCCCUUGGCCUGCACCUCUUUCCUUAAAACUUCUGCAGGGAAACCCCCGGCGCAGGCGCUGUUGACAAGUCUGGUCUUGCCGGUGGCUGGCAAGGUGGUUUUGUUCUGCGCAGUUUCUGGGGAGGGUUGGAUGCGUCCCCUGCUGUCCAGCCCUCCCCGCUCGAGGCCCCACGAGUCUGGGACCCUCAGUGGGAAGGGGGCUGGCAUCGCUGGCGACCCACACAUUCCUCACGUAGCUUCCGCUCCCAGGAAGGGGGUUUAAAUCCUGUAUGUACUUUUUAGAGAUUCUUUUAAAGUUUCUGAAAUGCUUAUGUGCAUCUUUUCUUGUACACACUUUUGUGAAGAUUUCAGGGGGAAGGGAGUCGUCUGCCAUUAAAUGUUUACAUUUGUGUUCUGCAAGACGCUGUCUUCGGGGACCAUUCGGGGACCAUUCUGUUCAGUGCGAUCCUGGUGGCCCGGGAGAUGGGGAUUUCCAGGGCUAGUGAUCGUGAUCCCUUUCAUCUUGCAACUGUAAUGAGAAUCUUUGACAUGAACACGGCAAGGGACUCAACACGCUGAUUCUCCUCCUGCCUCUACCAUGAGUCUCCAGCCUGCAAAGCACUGGCAGCUGUGGUGCAUGUGGGUGCUGCUACCCCGGCACGCGCCUCUUCCACGGGCACAGGUGUGUGGAGGCCGUGGUCAGAGCCUGGGGUCCUGGUUACUGCUGCCCGGGCAUCUGUAUUUUGAGUAACUGCUCUGAGUUUUGCACAUGAAGUUGUCCUCAUCUGCUGGAGACUGAUAAGAAAAAGGCGGCACAAAACAUUCGCCGCCGCCGGUGAGCUUCCCGCAGCCACCCGGCUCCGCCUGGGCACGUUCUCUGAGGCACGUGUCUCCCCCGCUCACCCUCGUCUGGGCACCGCAGCAUCGGCAGACUUAAGCGUCCAAAAACCCCGAGUGUGAUUCUGGGCAGCGGGCCUGGCUUUAAGUCUGCCGUGACCCUGGGCACAGGGGAGGCCCAGCCGUGGGCUUAGGAGGAGAGAGGGACCAGCACCCAGCGUCAGGGCCGGAAGACAGCAGUGUUCAGAAUUCCAGCCACUCAUCUGAAGAAAAAAGGUGUGAACUGAGCUCUAAAGCAGCACGAGACGGAAAUGAUCUAGAAAACUUUGGAUUUUUGACGUAAAUUUUAAUGUUUCAUAUUAAUUUCUUGAAAAUUUAUUAAAUGUCUUUGAAAGCCUUAUUACGAUUUUCAGAUCCUUUCAAUAAACAAGACUUGUAAAAAA